UCGGUCCCGCUCGCUUGCAGCGGCCGGGCGCCCUUUCGCGUGUCCGCGCUCCCUCCCUCUCCUCCAUUUUGCGAGCUUUGAAUCUGUGACUGGAGCCCGAGUCACCGCCCGCCCGUCGGGGACGCAUUCUAGUGGGUGGAAGGAGACUCCGCAGCUGGAGCGACGGGGUGCCGGACAGAGGACGCGCGCGCCGGAGCCGGGAGCGAGCUGGGGGCAGGCUUGUCAGCCGGGAAAUGGGAGACUUUCUGAAAUAGGGGCUCUCCCCUCCCCCUAUGGAGAAGGGGGCGGCUGUUUACUUCCUUUUUUAAGAAAAAAAAUUCCCUUCUGCUCCUCCCGCUUUCACACGCUAAGUUGUUUAUCUCGGCUGCGGUGGGAGCCGAGGACAGUGGCGGGUGAGCGGCGCCUCUGCCAGAGCUGAUAUUCGCCGAUGGACUCCAAAGAAUCAUUAACACCCCCUAACAGAGAAGAAGUCCCCAGCAGUGUACUUGGUUCAGAGAGGGGAAAUGUGAUGGACUUCUAUAAAACGCUAAGGGGAGGAGCUACUGUGAAGGUUUCUGCAUCUUUGACUUCACUGGCUGCAGCUUCUCAGUCAGACUCCAAGCAGCAAAGACUUUUGGUUGAUUUUUCAAAAGGCUCUGUAAGCCAUGCCCAACAGCCAGAUCUGUCCAAAGCAGUUUCACUCUCCAUGGGACUGUACAUGGGAGAGACAGAAACAAAAAUGAUGGGAAAUGACCUGGGAUUCCCACAGCAGGGCCAAAUCAGCCUUUCCUCUGGGGAAACAGACUUUCGGCUUCUGGAAGAAAGUAUUGCAAACCUCAAUAGGUCGACUAGUGUUCCAGAGAACACUAAGAGUUCAGCAUCUGCUGUGUCUGCUGCCCCCACGGAGAAGGAGUUUCCUAAAACUCACUCUGAUGUGUCUUCAGAACAGCAAAAUCUAAAGGGCCAGACUGGUACCAACGGAGGCAAUGUGAAGCUGUAUACCACAGACCAAAGCACUUUUGACAUUUUACAGGAUUUGGAGUUUUCUUCUGGGUCCCCAAGUAAAGAGAUGAAUGAGAGUCCUUGGAGAUCAGACCUGUUGAUAGAUGAAAAUUGUUUGCUUUCUCCUUUGGCAGAAGAGGAUGAUCCAUUCCCUUUAGAAGGAAACUCAAAUGAAGACUGCAAGCCUCUCAUUUUACCGGACACUAAACCUAAAAUUAAGGAUAAUGGAGAUCUGAUCUUAUCAGGCCCCAACAGUGCACCACUGCCCCAAGUGAAAACAGAAAAAGAAGAUUUCAUUGAACUCUGUACCCCUGGGGUAAUUAAGCAAGAGAAACUGGGCCCAGUUUACUGUCAGGCAAGCUUUUCUGGGGCAAAUAUAAUUGGUAAUAAAAUGUCUGCCAUUUCUGUUCAUGGUGUGAGUACCUCUGGAGGACAGAUGUACCACUAUGACAUGAAUACAGCAUCCCUUUCUCAACAACAGGAUCAGAAGCCUAUUUUUAAUGUCAUUCCACCAAUUCCUGUUGGUUCAGAAAAUUGGAAUAGAUGCCAAGGAUCUGGAGAUGAUAACCUGACUUCCUUGGGGACUAUGAACUUCCCUAGUCGUUCAGUUUUUUCUAAUGGAUAUUCAAGCCCUGGAAUGAGACCAGAUGUAAGCUCCCCUCCAUCUAGCUCYUCAACAGCAACGGGACCACCUCCCAAACUCUGCCUGGUGUGCUCUGAUGAAGCUUCAGGAUGUCAUUACGGGGUCUUGACAUGUGGAAGCUGUAAAGUAUUCUUCAAAAGAGCAGUGGAAGGUAGACAGCACAAUUAUCUUUGUGCWGGAAGAAAUGAUUGUAUCAUUGAUAAAAUUCGAAGAAAAAACUGCCCUGCAUGCCGCUAUCGAAAAUGUCUUCAAGCUGGAAUGAACCUGGAAGCUCGAAAAACAAAGAAAAAAAUAAAAGGAAUUCAGCAAGCCACUACAGGAGUCUCACAAGACACUUCUGAAAAUCCUGCUAACAAAACAAUAGUUCCUGCAACAUUACCACAACUCACACCUACCCUGGUGUCAUUGCUGGAAGUCAUUGAACCUGAGGUAUUAUAUGCAGGAUAUGAUAGCUCUGUUCCAGAUUCAACUUGGAGGAUCAUGACCACACUCAACAUGUUAGGUGGGCGCCAAGUGAUUGCAGCAGUGAAGUGGGCAAAGGCAAUACCAGGAUUCAGGAACUUACACCUGGAUGACCAAAUGACCCUCCUGCAGUACUCAUGGAUGUUUCUCAUGGCAUUUGCCCUGGGGUGGAGAUCAUACAGACAAUCAAGUGCAAGCUUGCUAUGUUUUGCUCCUGAUCUGAUUAUUAAUGAACAGAGAAUGACUCUGCCCUGCAUGUAUGACCAAUGUAAACAUAUGCUAUAUGUUUCCUCUGAGUUACAAAGGCUUCAGGUAUCUUAUGAAGAGUAUCUCUGUAUGAAAACCUUACUGCUUCUCUCUUCAGUUCCUAAAGAAGGUUUGAAGAGCCAAGAACUGUUUGAUGAAAUCAGAAUGACCUACAUCAAAGAGCUAGGAAAAGCCAUUGUCAAAAGGGAAGGAAACUCCAGUCAGAACUGGCAACGGUUUUAUCAACUGACAAAACUUUUGGACUCCAUGCAUGAAGUGGUUGAAAAUCUCCUGAACUAUUGCUUCCAAACAUUUUUGGAUAAGACCAUGAGUAUUGAAUUCCCAGAGAUGUUAGCUGAAAUCAUCACCAAUCAGAUACCAAAAUAUUCAAAUGGAAAUAUCAAAAAACUUCUCUUUCAUCAAAAGUGACUGCCUUACUAAGAAAGGUUGCCUUAAAGAAAGUUGAAUUUAUAGCUUUUCUUGUACAAAUUACCAAUCUGUCAUGUAGAUGUUUUGUUGUUUUUUUCGUUUUUGUUUUUUUGUUUUUGUCGGUUUUCUUUUUUUCCUUAUAAAUACGCACUACAUGUGGUUUAUAGAGGGCCAAGACUUGGCAACAGAAGCAGUUGAGUCAUCACUUUUUARGUGAUGGGAAAGUAGACAGUCAAACUUACCAGGUGGUAUAUCCCAGAAAUUAGAAACAAUAAUGUAAGGGCAAUCUCUACUGUCAGAAAAGGAUGGCACCUAAACCACCAGUGCCCAAAGUCCCUGUGAUGAACUUCAUGCUCAUACUUUUCAGUUGGCURGAUAAAUUUCUAGACUUUUUGUUGAUGUAUUUCCCCAUGUAUAGUUAGGAUAGCAUUUUUGAUUUAUGCAUGGAAACCUGAAAAAAGUUUACAAGUGUAUAUCAGAAAAGGGAAGUUGUGCCUUUUAUAGCUAUUACUGUCUAGUUUUAACAAUUUCCUUUAUAUUCAGUAAACUACGCUUGCUCAUUUUUUUCUUACAUAAUUUUUGUAUUCAAGUUAUUGUACAGCUGUUUAAGAUGGGCAGCUAGUUCAUAGCUUUCCUAAAUAAACUCUAAACAUUAAUCUUCUGUGUGAAAAUGGGUUGGUGCUUCUAACCUGAUGGCACUUAGCUAUCAGAAGACCACAAAAAUUGACUCAAAUCUCCAGUAUUCUUGUCAAAAAAAGCUCAUAUUUUGUAUAUAUCUGCUUCAGUGGAGAAMUAUAUAGGUUGUGAAAAUUAACCGUCCUAACUGGUAUAGAGCACCUAAGUCCAGUGACCUACUGGGUAAACUGUGGAUGAUGGCUGCAAAAGACUAAUUUUAAAAAGUAAUAACUACCAAGAGGCCCUCUUUGUACCUUAUGCCCUAUCUCUGCAAUGGUUAGGUGGCRAGAAAAUUGAUAAUCUAAUUCUUUUUCGGGACCUUUUGUAGUAGUUUGAAUAACUUCUUAAAAGUUAUAAUUCCAGAUAACAGUUGUAACACAGCUAAGAGAUUUUUAAUCAGACCAAGUAAUUUUCUCUCAUUAAACUUUACCCAAAAACUUAAUCUCCAGUAUGGCAAAAGUGGCUAGAUACCCAUUUUCACAUUCCCAUCUGUYACCAAUUGGUCUAUCUUUCCUGGUAAUACAGGAAAGCUCAGCUACUGAUUUUUGUGAUUUAGAACUGAAUGUCAGAUUAUCAAUGUUUGUAUAAUUUCACAUCCCUACGUGUGCCAUAGAAUUUAACACAAGUCUUGUGAAUUUCUUCACUGUUGAGAAUUGUCAUUUUAAACAAAACAGAAGCUGUAGUAGCCCUUUCUGUGUGCACCUUACCAACUUUAUGUAAACUCAAAACAUAUUUACUAAGCCACAAGAAAUCUGAUUUCUAUUCAAGGUGGCCAAAUUAUUUGUGUAAUAGAAAACUGAAAAUCUAAUAUUAAAAAUAUGAAACUUCUAAUAUAUUUUUAUAUUUAGUUAUAGUUUCAGAUAUAUAUCAUAUUGGUAUUCACUAAUCUGGGAAGGGAAGGGCUACUGCAGCUUUACAUGCAAUUUAUUAAAAUGAUUGUACAAUAGCUUGUAUAGUGUAAAAUAAGAAUGAUUUUUAGAUGAGAUUGUUUUAUCACGACAUGUUAUAUAUUUUUUGUAGGGGUCAAAGAAAUGUUGAUGGAUAACCUAUAUGAUUUAUAGUGUGUACAAGCAUUCAUACAGGCAGCAGUGGUCUCAGACACCAAACAGAUUUGAUCUAGGGGAAGGAGAUGAAAACUGGCCCCAUGUUCAAGUGAAGGUGGGUGAGGCUCUGACCCAAUCAGAUCACAGAGGGAAGUAAUCCUUGGCCUCCCAUUCUGACCACCCUUCUCAUUCUAACAGUGAGUCUGUCAGGGCAGGUUUGGUUUACUAAAUCUCUUUGCACUGAAGUAUGUAAGCAGGGGACAGAAAGGUGGUGCUUACAUACYUAACAGGCACCAUCUAAAUAACAGGGUUACUUUCACAUACAGCCUCUCCAACAGGUUAAUAAAACCAGAGGCUUUAGAAGUUUGGCAAUAAUAUGCACAGAGGUACCAGCAAUAUGUAAAUAGGGCAAAAUCUCUAGGAUACCAAUAAUACACUAAUUCCUUUCUACCCUACAACAAGAGUUCAUUUAUAAGUAGAAUGAGGAACAUGUUUGUUUUCUUUGAAUGCUUUUGAAUGUUGUUUGUUAUUUUCAGUAUUUUAAAGAAAUUAUUUAAUAAAAAAUGUAAUCCUUUGCUUUUUGAAUGCUCUCUAAAAGGGAAUGUUCCUUUAGUAAUGAUUUAAAUUGAUCUCAAAGUUCUUAAGAUAUGGUUUGUAACCCAACUGGAUGUGAAAUUUAUGGUGCCUAAGAAAUACCACUUGAAUAUUAUCAAUGACAGUGUUAAGUUUCAAAAAGAGAUUCUCAAAAGUAGAUUAUUAUUCAUUUAUAGUAUGUUAUGGUUAAAACCAGAAAGCACAUCACACAUUAAUCCUACUUCAGUCAUAAUCACUUUGGCUUUCAAAAAAACAGAGCUCAGAAUUUGAAAAAACAGAAUACGUGCACUUUAUUGUCAACAAAAAGCCAACUGAUAUUCAUAAAACAAGUAUAAAAGGCUUUACAUUAAAUGGAAAAAGAAGUUAUGCUCUUAGAAUACAUGAGAAAGAAGAAUUAUCUGAAUUUUAAGCAUAAUAGACUUAWGUGAAAAGAAGAGUGCUGUUUGAAAGCAGCUUCAUUUUCUACAGCGUGUCAUUUUCGCCAUCCAUAACUAUUAAGGUUYAUAGUGACUUUCAGUAAGAGUCCAUGGCAUGCCUAGAUGACUCAUAACAAAUCCUGAAAAAUACUUUUAAUUACUGGUAGAAAAAAGUGAUCCUCUCAGUGUUUUUUAGGCAUUACUGUGGGAUACUAUACAAUCAGAACUGAGGAAAAGGACUUGAGCCUUGGGGAUAGAUACACACACACACACACACACACACACACACACACACACACACACACACCCAUCUGUGUAAAAUUGGGGAAGGGUAGCCUGAAGGAGCUCACCUGCCUUCUCUUGGGGGGGGAGGGUAACUUCACCACUCCAAAAGGAGAACUAGCAUGAUUGGUUAGUGUCUUCAAAGAGCAUAAUAAUGAACACAGGAUAAGACUCUGGGCAAGCACAUAAAAGAAAGCCUCACUUCAGAAUUUGGGAGGGCGGGGACAAUGAGGGAGAGAAAGGGGAGGGGAGGAACAAUUCCAAUUUUACUUAAGUCUUAUUUUAGUUCCCUUUUAAAUAUAUUUUAAAAACUACAUCUCCGUGAAAUGAACAAUAUUUUUAUASUUUGAUUUGUCAAAAUCCAAUAAUCAUGGUAGCCAUCAGUGAGAUUUUUGAUCUUGGUUGGUCACCCCAACAAAUGUAGCUGUAGAUGAAUGUGUUUUUAUGUGCCUGGUUUCAGUGAGGGAAGAGGAAAUAAAAGUGUAUGGAAACACUUUAAACCACUUUAGAUAGAAGUUUUAUUUUCCAGACUAUUUUCAAUUAACCUGGUCUAAGGAUUAGUGACUAGGUUUUCAGGAAAGGAUUAGCUUCUCUCUAGAAAAUGUCUGAAAGAAGGAUUUUAUUUUCUGAUGAAAGGCUGUAUGAAAAUACCCUCCUAAAAUAACUUGCUUAACUACAUAUAGAUUCAAGUGUGUCAAUAUUCUAUUUUGUAUAUUAAACAAAUGCUAUAUAAUGGGGACAAAUCUAUAUUAUACUGUGUAUGGCAUUAUUAAGAAGCUUUUUCAUUAUUUUUUAUCACAGUAAUUUUAAAAUGUGUAAAAAUUAAAACCAGUGACUCCUGUUUAAAAAUAAAAGUUGUAGUUUUCUAUUCAUGCUGAAUAAUAAUCUGUAGUUUAAAAAAUGUCUUUUUACCUAUGCAGUGAAAUGUCAGACUGUAAUAUUUUGUGUGGAAAUGUUUAACUUUUAUUUUUCAUUUAAAUUCGCUGUUCUGGUAUUAUCAAACCACACRUUUGUACUGAAUUGGCAGUAAAUGUUAGUUAGCCAUUUACAGCAAUGCCAAAUAUGGAGAAACAUCAUAAUAAAGAAAAUCUGCUUUUUAUCA